UCACCACCACGUUACUAAUAGCUACAGACGACAGUAGUAUAUGAUGAUGGCGGCGCCCAUCAUCAGCAAUAAGUGCCCGGCGGCGGCGGCGCCCCCGUGGCGGCGGCGAGCGAGCCUGCUGCGGUGCCGCUACUGCGAGGACGACUACACGCUGCUGGGCGUCCGGCGGCGGCGAGCGCAGCCGCAGCAGCAGCGGCAGCCGCGGCCGCCUCGUCCCCGUCGCAUCGUGCUGGUGCGUCACGGCGAGAGCGAGGGCAACGUGGACGAGGCGGCCUACACGCGCGUGCCGGACCCUCUCAUCGGCCUCACCGUCAAGGGCUGGCGCGACGCCGAGGACUGCGGCCGCCGCCUGCGCGCCCUCUUCUCCUCCGAUUCCGGCGACGACGACUGGAAGGUCUACUUCUACGUGUCCCCUUACCGCCGCACGCUGGAGACGCUGCGGGGCAUCGGCCGCGCCUUCGAAUCCGACCGCGUGGCGGGCGUCCGCGAGGAACCCCGCCUCCGCGAGCAGGACUUCGGCAACUUCCAGGACAGCGACACGAUGCGCGUCCACAAGGAGCUCCGCCGCCGCUACGGCCGCUUCUUCUACCGCUUCCCCAACGGCGAGUCGGCGGCCGACGUGUACGACCGCAUCACGGGCUUCCGCGGGACGCUGCGCGGGGACAUCGACGUCGGCAGGUUCUUCGACCCGCCGCACUGCGCGCGCACGCGGAACAUGAACAUCGUCCUCGUCUCCCACGGGCUCACGCUCCGCGUCUUCCUCAUGAGGUGGUACAAGUGGACGGUGCGACAGUUCGAGGGGCUCCGCAACCUCCCCAACGGCGGCGUCAUCGUCAUGCAGACGGGGCAGGGAGGAAGCUACAGCCUGCUCGUCCACCACACCCCCGACGAGCUCAGGGCGUUCGGGCUCACCGACGAGAUGCUGCAGGACCAGAUGUGGUACAAGACGACGGCCAACCCAGGAGACCUCAACCACUCCUUCCUCACCGACGGACAGUCAUUCUUCGACGACCCAUGCUUCGUCACGCCGCCGCCGUCGUCUGUCCCCUUCGUUACGCCUCCUCCUCCCCCUCCUCCUCCAUAUUAAUUAACAACAAGCAACCUCCUUCAUUCCCUUACUUGUUAUUAUUAGCUACCUAUAUAGUAUACCAGUAGACUAUCUAUAGAGAUCAGACGGAUCGACACUAGCUAUAGCUAGUUCAAUUACACAUCAUAGUAGUACACAAUGCGUGUAAGUUGUUGUACACCGGCCGCGACAAGCUUGCUUACUAGUUUAGACAUAAUAAAACUUGUUGCACCGACCGAGUACCCCUUAA